CUCGACUUGAUUGUAACCUUCCGUCUAGUCCGUGCAGAGCCGCCGCUAGUCGAGAUCAUCGUCUCUCAGCCGCUUCGAGACCCGCUCGCUGGCUUCCUGGUUGGUGGUAUUAAUGGCCGGCCUGCGCCAAUCCGGGAUCCUCGAGCACAGUCUGCUGGCUGUCUUGUGAAACUCCAGCGCAAGGAGGUGAUGUGCGGUCAAGGAGCCUCUAGAGUCUACGCUUUUGCUUCUCCCUGCAGGAGACCGACAGCCCAAUCUUGCUCCCUCGACACGCCGGUUUCACAUGGCCAAGGCUCGUUCGCUGCUUAUAUCCUCUCCAGCUGGCUCGCGAUUACGGCAACUUGUCUUUAAUACCGUCCAUCGUCCUCUUCAUCCAAAACGACACAUCUCUCAAAGGCGCCGCAAUCACUUCCAGCCGCCAUGGAUCCUCAAUCCAACUCGACGUCCUUUCCGUGGACAAUUGAAUCAUCACCCUUGUCUGCUUACUGGACACCGCGCACAGGCUACUAUCUGACCAUCUUCACUGUGUUGCUUUCUGUGUGGCUUUUCCUGAGAUCAAAACCCGAAUCUAGCAAGCUUUGCGUGCCUUUCUACAAGACUUCCAAAUUAAAAUGGAUUUUUGAUGCAGAAUCACAGAUUGUCAAAAGUUACAAAGAGUUUCAAGACCAGGUUUAUCAGAUCAAGGCGACUGAGGGAACCCAGGCUAUUAUUCCUCCAAAAUUCAUUGCUGAGAUCAAGGGUUUACCUGAGGAUACUCUCAGCGCCACAGAGGCUGUAGCUGAUGCUCUUCAAACCAAGUACACCAAUUUCACGCCGGGACACAAUGGCGAUAUGCUAUCGCUUCUUGUUAGAACUCGUCUAACGCAGAAUCUCGCUGAACUCAUUCCUCAGCUUAAGAGCGAACUUGAGCAUUACAUUGGUACCGAGUUCCCAGCUUGCGAUGACUGGACGCCUGUCAAGUGGCAGCCUUUUGCUCUACGCGGCAUUGCUCGAUUGAGCGGCCGAGCCUUCGUUGGACCCUGGCUGAAUCGCGAAGAGCAAUGGCUCAAAGUCACCAUCGAUUUCGCCAUUGACGUCUUCAUGUCCGUUAUCAAACUGCAAUUUUUCCCCGAAUGGUUUCGCCCCAUUGCUCAAUACGCCGUGUCAGAUUUGCGCAAGAUACGGAAGGAUGUCGACAUUGCCAAAUCCUUGUUGAAGCCCUUGCUGGAGGAAAGAAUACGCGACAUGGAGAUUUCGUCUUGCCAUGAGCCACCGAAUGAUCUAAUGCAGUGGCUUAUUGAGGCUCUCCCCCAAGAAGAAAAGGCUGAUGUGGAUGUCCACGCCAGACUGCAACUCAUCUUGGCUGCGGCGUCUAUUCACACCACGAAUAACCUCUUGUUUGAGUGCAUGGCUGAUCUUGCUGAUCACCCCGAGAUUCAAGAAGAGCUGCGAGCAGAAGCUUACCAAAUUCUCGAGGUAGAGAAUGGCUGGGCUCGCAAGGAAAGCAUGACCAAGCUCAAGAAGCUCGACAGCUUCAUGCGAGAAGUUCAACGCCUCCGUGGCAAUGUCACUUCUUUUAUUCGCAAGGUUAUAAAGCCCAUCGACCUCUCAGAUGGCACACAUUUACCCGCGGGCACGAGAGUCCUAGCCCCCCAAGCGGGCAUUUCCAUAGACGACCAGUUUUUCCCCAACCCCACGGAAUUAGAUCCCUUGCGAUUCUACCACAUGCGGCAAGAGUCGGCCGAGGCGAGCAAUCGCUGGCAGUUUACGUCGCUCAACGACACAAAUCUCAACUUUGGCGCGGGGAAGCACGCCUGCCCGGGUCGAUUCUUUGCUGGGAAUGAGAUCAAGCUCAUUUUGGCCUUCUUUCUCAUCAAUUAUGACGUGAGGUUGAAGAAGGGGGACAAGCGGCCGCAGCCAAUGGCUUUGGUCAUGACAAAGGGGCCGAAUCCGAAUACCGAGUUUGAAUUUAGACGGCGGCAGUUGGCCAAUUAA